CCGGUCAGGUGAGGCUCCCUGGCUGAGCCACAGACUUGGCCGCCCUUUGCCAGCAGCGGGCGGAGUCCCCAGCUGAGCUAGCCAAAAGGGGGUGUUGCUCGACGGAACGGCUGCCCCUGUCACUGUGCCCGGCUGGCAGUCGGCGAGGAGCCUCUGCGGCUGCAGGAAUAACCCGCUAACAGUUGGACCCGGGGAGCAGCCAUCAUGAGCAGCGACCACCAGAAGUGCGACGUGGUCGUGAUCGGAGGAGGCAUCUCAGGUUUGUCUGCAGCGAAGUUAUUGCAUGACUCAGGAUUGGAUGUUAUAGUCUUAGAAGCCCGAGACAGGGUUGGAGGCAGAACUUACACAGUAAGGAAUAAGCAUGUCAAGUAUGUUGACUUGGGAGGAGCAUACGUGGGACCCACACAAAAUCGUGUUUUACGACUGUCUAAGGAGUUAGGACUUGAGACUUACAAAGUGAACGAAGUUGAGCAUCUUAUUCAUCAUGUCAACGGCAAAUCUUAUCCCUUCAAAGGGCCUUUUCCUCCAAUGUGGAAUCCCAUUAUUUAUUUGGACUACAACCAUCUAUGGAGGACACUGGAUGAAAUGGGGAAAGAGAUUCCUAAUGAAGCUCCAUGGAAAGCACCACAUGCAGAGGAAUGGGACAAAAUUACCAUGGAACAGUUGCUAGAUAAAGUGUGCUGGACAAAUGCUGCCAAGAGGAUUGGUACUCUGUUUGUGAAUGUUGAUGUUACCUCUGAGCCGCAUGAGGUUUCCGCUCUCUGGUUCCUGUGGUAUGUUAAACAGUGUGGAGGUACAACCAGAAUAUUUUCAACAACCAAUGGAGGCCAGGAGAGGAAGUUCAUUGGAGGCUCCGGACAAAUUAGUGAAAGAAUUAUGGAAUAUCUGGGAAAACGAGUUAAAUUAGAGAAGCCUGUAUCCUAUGUUGAUCAGACUGGUGGAAACAUCAUAGUAGAAACAUUGGACCAUGAGAGAUAUGAGACCCAAUAUGUUAUUAGUGCCAUCCCUCCUGUGCUUAGCCUGAAGAUUCAUUUUAAUCCUCCUUUGCCUUCAAUGAGGAAUCAGAUGAUUAAUCGGAUUCCUAUGGGUUCAGUGAUCAAGUGUAUAGUAUACUACAAGGAUGCAUUCUGGAAGAAAAAAGAUUAUUGUGGUUCCAUGAUUAUUGAAGAUGAGGAUGCACCAAUUGGGUUGGCAUUAGAUGACACCAAACCCGAUGGAAGCUUUCCAGCCAUAAUUGGUUUCAUCCUUGCCCGGAAGUGUAGAAGACUGAUUAAUCUCACCAAGGAAGAAAGGAAAACACAGAUCUGUGAGCUCUAUGCAAAGGUGCUGGGAACACAAGAAGCCUUACAUCCAGUGCACUAUGAAGAGAAGAACUGGUGUGAAGAACAAUAUUCUGGAGGAUGUUAUACAGCUUAUUUUCCACCAGGGAUAAUGACCCAGUAUGGAAGGAUUCUUCGUGAGCCGGUUGGGAGGAUUUUCUUUGCAGGUACUGAAACAGCUUCAGAAUGGAGCGGCUACAUGGAAGGUGCUGUUCAGGCUGGAGAAAGAGCAGCCAGAGAGGUACUACACUCGAUGGGAAGAUAUUCAGGAGAAAUAUGGAAAUCAGAAUCGGAAUCACCUGAUGUGACAACCCUGCCAAUAACUGCAACAUUUUGGGAAAGGAACUUGCCUUCUGUUCCUGGACUACUGAAAUUGAUGGGGUUCUCUAUUUUCUUUACAUCAGUGGCUGCAGCUGGGCUCUUUGCCUAUAAAAAGGAUCUCUUAGUGCGAAACUGAAAACAGAUGUGCUAAUAGGAAACUAUACAGUUUGGUCUGCAAAUUUAUAUACAUUAACACAAUCAUUUCCCUCUUGUUUAGACUGUUGAUUGCAAUUCUCUGUUAUUCGGUCUAUUAGUUCAAAGUGUCUUGGAUCUUGUGAUGGAGUCCAAUAUCUGUUUUCAAGGGCACUAUAAUUUGGCUGCUAUAAAAAUAAUAUAGUAAUUGUCUGGAAUCCAAUUACAGGUAGUCCUCAGGAUAUGACCAGUCACUUAUGACCAUUUGAAGUUAUGACAGACCCACCCCAAAGCUACAUACAACCCUUUUUCAAACUUAUAGCGGUUGUAGCACCUCCAUGGUCAUUCACCCUUAUGAUCGACCCUAAGGACACUGCAGCAUCUCCUGGCUCUUCUUUCUCCCACCACCCUGGGAAUCCACAUUUGUUCAAUAAAGAAAGCAAACAACAACAACCCCAAACUGGGAGGGACAGACUUGUUGCUCUUUCUUCCCCCACCAUUAGAGGCUGAAACUAAACUCUCUGUCUCUGCCCUCUAAUCUCAAUCACUUUUAACAAUUUAAUUUGUUAAAUUUACUGUAAAUAAAAAUCUAUAUAUUAAUUACCUUGAUGAGUGACUGCCAGGCUGAAGAAUACUGUAGAGAAAGGGAAGGAAGCAAGCAAAGACAAUCUUUUUGCAGCUUAUUUAUCUUGAGGAGCUGAAGAAAAAAUUCAGCUCCGAAGAAAAAAUGGCAGCACAAACGCACAGCAAAUGGCCAUGGCAGAAGUUGGGUCCUAAAGGGAGUCAGACAGGCAGCAAAAAAGCAAACGCCCCAAAAUGCUGCAUUUCAGGCAUUUGGUAAUCAUUUAUGAUCAGUUGCAGUGUCCUAUGGUCACAUAACCACAAUUUGUGAUGUUUUUGCUGAUUUUGGGUUUUUUGCUGAUUAACAACUAUGGUGACUCACUUUAUGAGACUGUCAUAAAAACAUAAAAUUGAGUUAGGUGGCAUGGUAACUCACUGAACAAUUGCAACAACUUACAACCAAAUUCCAGGAUCAGUCGUGGUGGUUAAGUGAGGACUACUUGCAUAUCUUAAUCAGUAAUCCCAUUAUUUAGGAUCAGUAUAGAAUAAAUGGAAGAAUUUGUGAACCUCUACCUGGCCCGCGAAACAGCUGUCUAGGGUUUCACUAGUUUUUUAGGAUGUCAAGAAAUAUCUUUCAUACUCUUUUAUCUUAAGUAUGAAAUAAUGGAUAUUUUUUGGCUUUUUAAAAAUUUGAAUACCUUUUUUCAGGAUUAUAAUAUUUUUCUUAAAAAUAUAAUCACAACUAAGUCUUGCUUAAGGAGAGACAGACAUAAAGAGGUGCAAUUUUGAAAAAUGUUUAGCUAUAGUAUUAGAAUGUUUUUCCCUGUCUUCUUCUUCCCAUUCAUUUCCCACCUGACAUUAAUGUAUUUUAAUAGAUUGAAAGGAUUUCUUAAUAUCAUGUUGUGUCUGGCUCCUCUUCUGAUAAUAUUCAAGUGGGUGGUAAAAGCAUGCACUGGAAAAAAGGGCCCUAAGCCCAUUAUUCAUUCUGCAUCAGAAAAUGGGGCAGAUCUAAGAAACCUCUUUAAAAUGAAUUGGUUAAUCAUAAAAAUUAAUAGGAGACUAAGAGUGUUGAUUUUCUCCCUCUGAAAGUGGGAGAUAGUGGCAAAGUUUGGUUAUAAUGUUUUCAGGAUCUUUUCAGACUUUUUCAGGAUCAGGGUUGCUGCUUAAAGAGUUAAAAGUCAGAAAAAGCUGCAGCCCAGAAGUAGCUAUCUUUCUUUUUGACUCAGAGAAUCCAGAUUUUGCACAUUCCUAACCUAAGAUUAAUUCUUCCUAACAGUUCCAUGAUUUCUAAAGAGUGUGCUGUAUAAUAUUUUUUACUGAUAUACAAUGCCAAAACAAAGGAGCAUAAUGUAUGUAUGCUACUGCUAUUGUUUCUGUGUCUGUUUAUUAUUCUUACUAUGUCAUAAUUUUGUGAGCCUCUUGUGAUUACAAAGAAAAGCACAAGACUUCAGGACUCUCUCCAGGAUCCAAUUUGAGAUAGAUAAAAUUAUUUUUUCCAUUAGCUUUCCUUCCUAACACUUCUUCAAUAGACUUUAUUGGAGACUCUUUCAAGAACCAGGAGCAGCUUUUUAAAGGAGAGAACAAGCAGAUUUCUCUACCUCUCAACUCUGUGGCUUAUGAAUUAAGUCUGGAAAAGAUUUACAGAGUUUUAGCUUAAAUAUCUGGCACUUUGCUCUCAGCAAAAAUAGUUAACUAUUCUGUUCAGGACCACUGUACUGUUUUGUAUCAGACUUUAUUGAUGAAAUAUGUGAUAAAACUGUUUAAAUGUUGGCUAUUAAUGAGGUAACAAAGCAAUCCUAUAUGGGGUGGGAAGUGAUGUAAUAGUUCCUUGCUGAUUUCUUAAUAUAUAAAUUAAUGAAAGAUGGUGGCAGAAAGCAAACUUAUUCUUUUCUCCAACAGUUAUUUACUAAUAUAGUGGUCUGAUCCUGGGAGUCCUUGAGAAAGAGAGAAGUUGAUUUUAUUUCUAGAAAAAGUUUUGGCUAUACUGCUAGAGGUAGAUUUAUACCAACGAAGUAUUUUGCAUAUAUAUCAAACCUCACUCUAAGGUAGAUUUGUCCUCUUUGAACUUGUCUCUUCUUGUAUUGCCCUUAGAUUGAUCACCAAAGGGGCUGCAGACUUCAUAGAAAGCAAAUUUCAUUGAAAUGGAUCUAGUUCUGAAUGAACAUACUUGGAAUUGCACUGUUUAGUAUUUUUAAAUUAAGUACUCUAGUAACCAGAUGCUACAAUCAGAUAUCAUACUGAAACAUAUUUAAUAAAACUGUGCCUUGUCAGGCACACACUAAAGACUUCAUUUAAUAAGUAGCAUACUAUAACACAUUUUUCUCUUUGUCUUUCUCAUAAAAAGAAAUAGUGUAAAUCAGGACUCAAGAAAUUCAAGAAACCUGCAUUUUCAUUUUUCACUUGGGGGUGGGAGUAAGGAAGAAGUAUCUUAAUUUCAGUGAGGUGGUUCUAAUAUGCUGUUUGUAGAUAUAGAAGGUCAGGAUUUGUUUGGGUCCCAUGUUUACUUCUCAGUCUGAAAAAAGAACAAGUACUGUCUGUUACCAUGUAAUAAAAAUAACAUUCUAGCUUUUUAUAGCCUUAUGCCCUUUAAUGGCUUGAGCAGUAACAGUAACUUUAGAAGGUGGCUGAAAUCUGGGAAUUUCAAGAAUUAUCUGCAGAGUGCCAGGCUGAAGGAGUCUGGGCUAUCCCAUGUUAUGUUCUAACUAACAGAGGCUUUCCAAAGUCUCAUGCACAGGAUUCUCCCAGAUCUGUUACAUGAAAUGUUUGUUACAUGGAGGGAAGUAAGCACUGGGGUACCACAAGGUUCCAUCUUAGGCCCAGUACUCUUCAAUAUCUUCAUAAAUAACUUAAAUGAGUGAAUAGAAGGGGAACUCAUCAAAUUUGCAGAUGACA